UGACUCAGCCCCACCUCUUACACAAUAAACCACAGAGCAGGUUUCACUUAGAGAAGAUAACUUAAAGCAAACAGCAACAGACAGACAGCGACAGGAAGAGGAAGAACAAUGCUGAAAAACGGUCUUUACACAGUGAACACUGAAGUAAGAUGACCUGAGCUAACACACACACAGAACGAGUAAAUAACACCACUACCACCAAGUCCUAGUGUGGAUCAGGCAGUAAAAUGGCCCAACCGGAGUCCAGAGUCAAUUUUGUGCUGUUUGGAAACACCUCUGCAGUCCACUUUGGACCUGAAAAUGUACUACUUGGACAAGACCUACCCAUUGUAAACAACACAGAGUUCUCUCAGAUUGUCCCUGUAUCAAGAAUGGUAUCAGGACGUAAUGUUUCUGUCAUCAAUAUCCUUGGCUUGGAAGAGACUGAAUUCUCUCAACACAUCAUGCAUCAGUUCAUUAGUAGACUUGUUAAAGAAAAUGAAAUCCAUGCUUUCAUCUUUGUGCUUCAACUGAACCGGUUAACAGACACUAAUAAAUUGGGACUAGAAUGGCUGAAAAACACAUUUGGAGAAGAUGCUCUUUCUUUUGUGAUGAUUCUAUUCACUUAUGAGAGAGAGGAGGAGUGUGACACCAUUGUAGAUGACUUGAAGAAAAACAGUGUUCUAGAGCAACUGACACGGCAAUGUGGAGGCAGGUACCACACAUGCAGCAAGAGCAUGAACAACCAAUCAGAAUUGAGACCACUGCUAGGGAAGAUUGACCGCCUCACCUCUGAUAAUAAUCAGCGCUGCUACACUGUUGAGAUCUACAACACAGCCUUCACUCAGCAAACAGCAUUUAAUAGGCUUCUGCUACAAGAAGAUAUGGAUAUCAAAGAGAAUCUAACCAAUCAGCCUAAAGAAAAAACACCAGAGCUUAAUGCAGCAGAUUGCAGACCAGAUAUUCCUGAAGAAUUGAAGGAACUAUUUUCAAGAGUAUUAGGAAAUCACAAUCAAAUAAUAAAACCUGCAGAUAUUCUUCAAAUAACAAAACUAUCAUUACAGUACCAAGAAUCUUCAUUACAUUUAGCUUUCCUACAAAAGCUGCUGAUGGUGAACUACAAGGCAAGGUACAUUUCAGUUGAUAAACAAACCAGUGAAGAGGAUGACGUUUCACCAGAACCAGUGGAUGAUGAUCAGAAGAACACUUUGUCAUUUUUUCUUGACACAGACUUCGCAUCAACUUCUGAUCUUGCAAAAAAACAGAUUGUUCACCCCAUGGAUGUCCAGAUGGCAGUGUUUCACUGCUCAGAUCAUUUCCUAAAGCAGCUAAUAAUGAAUAAACUGGCUCAGUGUCAGUACGCUCUGCCUCUGCUGGUGCCCAAUCCCUUCACCAGAGAGAUCGAGUUUCCUCUGUGGACCUUUCGCCAAAUCAGAAAGAGCUGGAAGACCACAGACUCCUCUGGUAAAGUUAUCAACAAAACCAUGUCGAUUUCUGAGGCAGAAACUCCAAUGGUGGCAUUUUUCAGGUUCGGUUAUGUAUCUUCAUCCAAGUCUCAGCUGAUGAAUAACUUGAUCAAUAAGAAACAUGACACAUUCUUCCACUGGGACUGCCCAGGAAGCAGCAGUAACCGGCUCCUGAUGGAUGGAGUGGUGGAGAUCGCUUGGUACUACCCAUCUGGGAAGGAUUAUUUCCCUGACUGUGUUGCAUUCUGUAAUCUCCAUGGUGAUGCAGAAACUAAUCAAGAGCAACUGGAAAUCCUGACUGAAAUGUCCUCAGUGAAUGUUGUACUUUUUUCUGAACAAAAAAACAUCAAAAAUAACAUAGUACUGGGAAAUCUUUAUGAAAGCCAAAAGCCACUAAUUUGCUUAGUCACCAACAGUAAUUCACAUGUAACUCAGUUAAAAAAUCUGAAAUUCAGAAUUGGUCUUAAACAGAGAAAUCAGUCAGAUAUAUCUGAAGAUCUCAUGAACACCCUCAAAAAGUGUUUUAAACAAAAACACACAAAAUUCAGACUUGAAAAUGUGGGUAGAAGCAGGAAGAUCAGAACAGAUGAGAAAGAUGAUGAAUGUCAGAAGGGGAAAAAAGCAGCUAUCCAAAUUGUACAGUUAUUGUAUGGAAUGCAACUGUCCAAAAUGAAGGAAACAUAUCUGCCCUGUCAGGGAAAACUGUGGCAUGACUGGUGCCAGAAAAACAAGGAAUUACAUCGACUUCAAGGAAAAAACAUAGAAAUGAAAAUGUGUGAAAAACAAACUGAAAUGAAGACGAUUCGUAAGCAACAGCAUGAGUGUGGAGUCACAAACCUGAUGGAGAUGUUCAUUCACACACUGAAUUCAUCAGAAGCAAGCGAUAAAGACUAUUUUCUGAAAUGGCUUGAAAUCCUUCUUGACAACUACACCACUGAUGAGCUCUCUGGACUUUCACAACUUCAGCUCAUAUCAAAACAGUUCAAGGCUGCAGCCUUUGGUUUGGAACAUAUCCUCAGGGAGAUGAGUCAGAUAUAUGAGUCUUUUAUUUCUGUACAAACACACAAGAAAGGAUCUUUAAGAGAAGAUUUCUACUGUCUUCCUAAGCUUGGAGCAAAUGUCAUGCUCUCGGGAUACCCACUGGAGCUGAUGGAUGGAGAUGCUGCUCAUGUUCCUCUGACCUGGGUUUCAGCAGUUCUAGAAGAACUUGUGAAGAUACUGGGAGACAAGAGAGUGUUUGUGCUGUCAGUUCUGGGGAUUCAGAGCUCUGGGAAAUCCACCAUGCUGAAUGCCAUGUUUGGUCUCCAGUUUGCUGUCAGUGCUGGAAGGUGCACCAGAGGAGCCUUCAUGCAGCUGGUCAGAGUGUCAGAGGAGAUGAAGGAAGAGCUGAAGUUUGACUACAUUCUAAUUGUUGACACUGAAGGUCUUAAAGCCGUAGAGCUGGCUGGGGAGACAACCAUACAUCAUGACAAUGAACUUGCUACAUUCGUUGUUGGUCUUGGAAACCUGACCUUGAUCAACAUCUUUGGAGAGAACCCUGCUGAGAUGCAGGAUAUUCUUCAGAUUGUUGUUCAGGCCUUCCUGAGAAUGAAGAAGGUCAGACUGAAUCCCAGAUGCAUGUUUGUCCAUCAGAAUGUCAGUGACAUCACUGCUGGAGAAAAAACUAUGGAAGGAAGGAGAUGCUUACAGGAAAAACUGGAUGACAUGACCAAGCUAGCAGCUAUAGAAGAAGACUGUGAUGCUCAGCGUUUUAGUGAUAUCAUUGCAUUUGAUAUACAAAAUGAUGUUAGGUACUUUGCACAUAUCUGGGAGGGCGAUCCACCGAUGGCACCACCAAACCCAUCAUACAGUGAAAAUAUUGAUGAGCUGAAGAGAAAUGUCUUUUCAAACAUCAAGACAAAUGUAAUGUGUCUUUCUCAAUUCAAAUCUCAUUUAAACAAUUUAUGGAAUGCACUGCUGAAUGAAAACUUUGUGUUUAGCUUCAAAAACUCUUUAGAGAUUGCAGUGUACAGAAAACUAGAGAAUGAAUAUUGUAAAUGGACCUGGAACCUUAGGAGUGCCAUGUUGGUAAUUGAGAACAAACUGCUUAACAGAGUCAACAAUGAAAGGCAACCAAAGAUUGAGGAAAAUGACAUAGUGGCAGGCAUGAAAGACAUAAAGUUGUUUGUGGAAAUAGCAAUCAAGGAGUUCUUUGAAGAAGACAAAGACAAAGAAACUUUGAUCCAAUGGCGAGAAAAAUAUGAGAGAAAAAUUUUGGAUCUUAACAGUGACCUUGUAAAAGGAACAAAGAGAAAGUUAGAUAAAGUUGCACACCUGAAAAUUGCAAGAGAAAAGAUAGACCAGGAAAAGACUGUGAGGGAAAAGAAGCUUUAUAAACAGAGCAAAGACCUAGCAAUCAUUUUGAAAAGUAAAGAAACUGAUGAAGAAACACUCAGGGCAGAUUUUGAAGAUGUCUGGGACAAGUGGGUCACUGAGGUGACAAAAGAUGUACCUUCAAUUGACAACAUCGAUAUAUGGGGAGAUGUAGCACAGACACUCUCAGAAAGUUAUGAGGUAAACUUUGUCUGUGAGCGACAGAAUAAGGCUGCAUACAAAAAGAUUGACUCCAUAGGAGAUUACUCUGACUACAUUAUUCUAAACAAACAACAAGAGCCUCAUCAACAGGCAGUGGAACAUGUGGAGGAAGAAGAUCAAAUCCCUGGGGCACAUGGUCAUACAGUUAGAGACAUUCCAUCUGAGGAGAACUGCAGAACCACUAUUCUAACCUCUGAGGAUAACCACUUAUUUAGUGCACUGAUUGGAAGAUUGAUCAAAGACACUGAACAAGAAAUUCAGAAGAAACCUAUUGCAGAACAGGGAUACAGUCAGAGCUACAUCCCAGAAAUAAUAACCUCCAUCAAAAACCAAGUAAGAGUAAACCAAACGAAUACCUCCAAAUAUACACUUAAGAAGGAAUUCACAGUGGAUCUAUGCCUCCAUGUGUGCAGCUUUGCAGCUAACAAAUUCAGUGACCUUCACAACAAAUUCAAAAACGCAAAUGAUGUAGGAGUAUACCUGGAGAAACAGAAACCUCAGUACUUCAACAUCUUCCAAAACUACUACAAUGGUGCGACCUCCACAACAGUGUUUGGUGAAUUAAUUGUGGAUAAACUUGAGCCGUCUAUACUGCAGGCAGCGUACGACCAAACUGCCAUUGAUGUAGCUGAGAAAAUGAAACGUGAUGUUCCAGCAUUCAGUGGAAACAGGUCAAAUCUGGAAAAACACAUUCUAACAGCACUAGCGGAAGAAGAAAACUUUGAGAACUAUAUUGAAUACCUUCACAAGCCCAAAGAACAUUUUAAUCAUUUUAUUACCAACGAAGUAAAUAAAUACUUGCUUGAAGACAAAUGUCAGGAGGUUCUGGAAACUGUCAAAGCUAACAUAAAGUCAAAGGGAAAGUGUGUGAUGGACGCCGUCAAUAAAGCAACAGAAGACGUCAAUAAAAGAAAUGGAAACAUCGACAUGUGGCUGGAGUACUUCUCCAAAGAGCUACAAGAUGAGCUUCAGUUUAAAGAAGAAUCAUGUCCAGAGCAGAAAGAAAUUACAGACCUUGGCUUUCUUCAAGAGGUUGUACAGAAGGGCCUGACUGACACCGUGGCAAAGUUAUGCAGUGAAGUCAAAACCAUUUCUGACCUCAAACAGGAAAUAUUCAGGAAGAAACCACAGAAGGUUCUGAUUGAACAUCUCUGUCAGUGCUGCUGGGUUCAGUGUCCAUUCUGUAAUGCCAUCUGUACCAACACAAUGGAGGAUCAUGAUGGAGAUCACCGUGUCCGUUUCCAUCGCAACUGUGGAAUCAAUGGAUGGUCUUUCAUGUUUACAGAAAAUCUUGGAGUUGAUUUCUGCACAACUGCUGUUUCAAGUAACUUGUUUUUCCGUACAUCUGAGGGUGUGUUUACUUUUAAAGAGUACAGAAAAGCAGGCGGAGAAUAUGCCAAGUGGAACAUCAGCCCUGACACGUCUGAGGUGCCCUACUGGAAGUGGUUUGUGUGCAGGUUCCAAGAAGAUCUGGAAAAGCACUACAAGAGAAAAUUCACAGGGAAUGGAGAGAUUCCUCUUGAAUGGAGAGAUAUCACUAAAGAUAGAGCCAUUGAAAGCUUAAAUGAGUUGUAAUAUAAACUGGAAGAGAAUUUAAUUGUCUUUUAUGCUGUAAUAUGAUAGAUAUUUGAAUGUUUUUAGUUUCUUUCAGUAUUUUCUGGUGUUAUUGGUUUCAUGUAUCAGUAGUUCCUGUUAUAAUAUAUGCAUUAACGGUUGCUACAGCCUUAGCCACUGGUGAGGCCUGUAAGGUUUUGGUUGCAUUAGGCAUGGUGGCAAGGAAAAGCGGUAAUCCUAUGAGCACCGGAGUAGGUGCGACAGGCAGCAAUGCCACAGCAGGCCAGCAUCUACCUGUGCAAUCAGUUCAGCAACAUUUAACUAAUACCACUCAGCCAUGCUUUAAGCCCGGAAGGUCUCCUGGUACCGGAGCAGUGGCAGGGAUGUAUCCCUGUCACCCCUCUCAAAUAGACCUUGGGUUAGGUGUUACUACCCCAACACUUCUCCUUUGACCUCAUACAGAACCAAAAGCUGCUUUUCUCAGCCCCCUCUUCAGCCAGGUCUUUCAGGGCCUUCUGCUGGUUUGCUCCAGUUACUCUUAUAUCCCCAGGAGGUGAACAGUUGAUGUUCCAACAAAGCCACGGCAUCCUACUUCUACGGGGUAGAUGAUGGAUCUAUAGCCAGCCUCCUUUCACUCAGCGACAAGAUCUGAGUACUUCCUCUUCCUCUCAAAAGCAGUUUCCAUUCCUUCCUCCCAGGGGAGAGUUAGCUCGAUGAGGAACCAUUGGACCACAUCACUAUAUCAGUAUAUAGACUUGUGCUGGUGAUCUCCCCAAUGAACUGGAACUUCCUGCCAAGAUCAAUUCUCAUUCUACAUUCCUUUGUGAAAGGAACUUUGCUUGUUGGAACUCUUGGUGUGGUACUUGUGUUGCCCCCUCCUUCUCUGACAAAUUGGAUGUGCUGACACACUGGUGUAGGAUGACCUCUGCUGAUGACCUGUACAUGCUCCUCCAGCAUCUCAGCCAAUCUGCUCAGGAUUUGAUUAAUCUUGCAGCUUGAUAAGAUGUGCUGAAGACUUGCAUCGGACUGUUACAGAGGGGGCAGCAUUCUUCCUGGCUUCCUGGUGCAGGUUCAGUGGGCAGGGGAGUGUGGUGUAUGUUGCCCUGAUAAGAAAACUAAGCUAAUAGAAAGCAGCUUGCUUGAUGAUUUAAAUGUUCUGAACACAUUUCUGUUUUAUCUUCUAAAUUAGGAAUAAUAAUUACUACAUAUUUUCAUUUGGACCUUCCUUGGUACAACUCCCUCUGUUACAAUAUACUCUGUGUGUGUGUGUGUCACAUGAACACACUUUUGAACUGUUGUAUUUAUAUUUUGUAAAAAAAAAAAAAAGGAAAAAAGAAAGAAGCUACAGUUCUUUAAGUAAAUAAAUAAUAAUAAUAAUAAUA